AUGUGUGGCCUCAUUGAUUUAUCUUGUUCAGGGCAACGUAUGUCAUGUUGCAAUGGGCAUGUAGGGGCUUCUAGAAGUUGGGCAAAACUUGAUAGAGUGCUCAUUAAUAAUUCUUUUUCAGCCCGUUUCCAAUCAGCUCAAUAUAAAUACCUUAAUCGCAAAUCAUCAUAUCACUGUCCGCUGGUGGUUUAUUCCGAUUUGCUGUUUACCACUUACAGUCCUUCUCCAUUUCGUUUUCUCAAUAUGUGGUGUUUGCAUAAUGAUUUCUUGCCUUUUGUGAAGGAAGUUUGGAGUACACCGGAUCAAACGACGGGACUUAUGAAGCUUGCUAUCAGAUUAAAAGGAACAAAGGUAGCCCUUCGUGCCUGGAACAAAAAUAUUUUUGGAAGAGUGGAAGGUAAUAUAAGAGCCCUUGAGGAGAGAAUGGAAGUCUUGGAGAAUCAACUUCAGUCAGAGUUUUCUGAGGAGAUUGAGGUAGACUUUUUAGUGACAAAAAUUGAGCUGGAAUUGUGGGAGAAGAGGGAAGCCACUCGCUUGGGUCAAAUUGCUAAGAAAAAUUGGUUGAUAGAAGGAGAUCAAAAUUUUACCUUCUUUCAUUCAGUCAUUAACCAACGAUGCCAAAAGGGCAUGAUUAAGAAGAUGGUACUUUCAGAUGGUCGGAUCCUGGAAAAUGCUAAAGCGGUACACAAUGGUGCUGAGAAUUAUUGUGGCACCCCCAGCCCCCGCUUGGGAUUGGACGGUGACUGA